AAAUCGAAUUUUCUUUUUGGCAUACAGAAAUAAGCCCCCCUUAAAGCUAAAGCGCAGUGAUAGUGGGGGUGGCCGUCGUUCGAAGAAGAGAAAGCACUCUCAGUUCGUGGAUUCCUGCGUAGAAUUAGAAGCCAGAAAGAAGUAUCAAGAGCUAUUCACAACCAUGACUGACUAUGCUCAGGAGCAGGAGAUGGAAAUCGAGGCAUUGGAAGCAAUACUUAUGGAUGAUUUCAAAGAAAUUCACUCUGGUGAGAGUGGUUUGGCUACUUCCAAUCGGUGCUUCCAAAUAACACUAUCCCCACAGGAAGAUGAAGCAGAUGAAUCGUCCACUCCAGUUCAGCUGGCUUUGAUUUUCUCGCACACAGAAAAGUAUCCAGAUGAACCUCCACUUUUAAAUGUGAAAAGUUUACGAGGAAUACAAACAGAAGAUCUUAGAAUUCUGAAAGAAAAGCUUCAACAAGAGGCGUCUGAAAUUCUUGGUAUGGCUAUGGUUUACACGCUAGUUACAUCAGCUCAAGAGUGGCUUUCUGAACGAUUUGGUCAAGAUACAAGUAUUGAGGAUGCGGAAGCAGAAGUGGCAGCAACCAUAGAUAUAGUCAUUCCACAUGGAGAACCAGUUACUAUUGAUACUUUUAUGGUGUGGAGAGAAAGGUUUGAAGCAGAGUUGGCACUAGAACGAGCCAAGCUAAUGCCCGAGUCUGCACUUACAGCACCUAAGGAAAAGAAGCUCACAGGAAGACAGUGGUUUGAAAGUGGAAGAGCUGCUGCAAAAGGUGCAGUUCCAGUUACUGAAGGAUCUGAUGAGGAAAAUGAGGAAGAUAUCGAUGUUGAUGAUGAUGAUUUUGAAGAUGAUGAAGAAGAUAUGCUGGAGCACUACCUGGCAGAGAAAACUGACUCAUCCUCUCAUUCUUAAAGGAGAGCUUAAAGAGCAUAUGGAGCAGUAUUUGGCAUGGAUCAAUUUCUGUUAUGUUUUUUGUCAUUUGAAUUUUUGCAUUGUUUAUGUCAUGAGGGAGAAGUAGGAAAAAUAGUUUUAGCCAUUAUGAUGAUCUUUAGUAAAGUAGUGCGAAGGAGUGAAUUUAAAGAAAUAGUUUUUGUAAUUGUAAAACAUUGUACUCCAUAAAUGAAGCCCCAAAAUGGGCAAUGAUAUAUAUAUCCAUGGACAUAUCUAUGCUGCCAUGCACUUCUUUCUGAA